CAUUAUGUAGCCUAUUGGCCAUUGAUAUUGAAACUAGUGAAAAUUAUUGAUCAUUGAGUGAUAUACUAAUGUUAAUUGAUUAAAUACCUUUUAAGGUGCAUUUUGGAUUAUCUCCGGUCAAUCAACAGAAACUACAGCCCCCAUAGUUCCUUGCAAAAUCUCACAGACUCAGUUGCUCUGAAAUGCAUUCAACUGAACAACAGCGCGCACACGAGUUCAGUCAGAAGAAUUUUGAGGUUCACAAUGACCAGAGGUCCAGCUGUAAGCUAGCUUGCUUGCAAUCAUUGUUAAUCCAUGGAAUGGAGCAAAGGUUGACAUUCUCUCAUACAUACAGUAUGAAAAUGGCUGCAGGUAGCACUUUACCUCCAUGUUCGUCAUUGUGAAAGGUUCCCCUCUCACCCCCUCUGUAAUGUGUAACACUGGAUCCUCUGUGGAAGGGAAGAGUGCUAACAGGAAUCUCUACUUGUUGUCUGCUUAGAACAUCUGAAUUGGAGGUUUAGGCCCUACUCUCUGGUUUCUAUGAAAAUUUCCAUAGCAAGCCUCUUCACUAUAGCAAUACCACUUAGUCAUUUGAUACAGUCAGAGGUAGACUUGGGACUCCAGUGUCCACUGUCAGGCCACUACCAUGGUGGACAAAGACGCUAUGGCGAGUGGGGACAGGGCUGUGGAGGAAGAGGCUGAACUGGACCUGAAGGAGGGCGCCCCUGGAGAGCCUGACCCUGAGAUGGCUCUUCCCCCACCUGAGGACCCCUCAGACGGCCAGACCAAGACAGCCCGGACCUGGGAGUUGUCGGUGGUGUUCCUGUGUUUCUAUGGGUUUAUGGUGCAGCUGAAGCCUGGGGAGCCCUUUAUAACACCAAACCUGCUCAGCAUGGAGAAGAACUUCACCAGGGAACAGGUGACCAAUGAGAUAAACCCGAUCCUGUCCUACUCCUACAUGGCGGUGCUGGUGCCAGUCUUCCUCCUGACAGACGUCCUGCGUUACAAGCCCGUCCUAGUCCUCUCCAGCCUCAGCCAUGUGGCCAUCUGGCUCCUCCUCCUCCUGGGCUACUCCCUCUUAGAGAUGCAAUUCAUGGAGUUCUUCUACGGCAUCACCAUGGCAGCACGCGUGGCUUACUCCUCCUAUAUCUUCUCCCUGGUCACCCCAGAGCUCUACCAACGUGUGGCCAGCUACUCACGCUCUUGCGUCCUCAUGGGGGUGUUUGCCAGCUCGGUGCUGGGCCAGGUGCUGAUAUCCGUGGGCAGGCUCUCCUUCGCCACGCUCAGUGCUGUCUCCCUGGCCUUGGUGUCCUUCGGCCUGGUGCUCUCCUGCUGCCUGCCCUGGCCCAAGAGGUCCCUGUUCUUCAACAGGGCCCACCACGCUGCCCAGAGGAACCUCCAGGAGCAGGCUGCCGCCCAGUCGGAGCUGGCCAGGAUGAAGCAGGGCGAAGCGGGCUUGGGUUCAGGUGACACACUCUCCCUGGCCCCUCUCAGCUCUGGUUCCUCCUGGAGGGACUCGGUGUUUAUUCAGAUGCUGAAGGAGCUGAGGAACGUGCCCCGGAGGCCCAGCCUGAGACUGUGGAGCCUGUGGUGGGUGUUCAACUCCGCUGGCUACUACCUGGUGCUGUUGUACGUCCAUGUCCUGUGGAACAAGGUGUACCCCGCCACGGAGAACAAACACGUCUACAACGGAGGGGUGGAGGCUGUCUCCACACUACUGGGUGCGAUCACGUCGUUUGCAGCGGGCUUCGUGAAGAUCCGCUGGAACGUGUGGUCUGAGCUGGUGAUCGGCGUCAUCACGGCUCUGCAGGCUGGCCUGCUGCUUCUCAUGGGGACCACCAGUAACAUCUGGGUCUGCUAUGUGGCCUACUCCCUCUUCAAAGGUUUCUACCAGUUCCUCGUGCCAAUCGCCAUUUUCCAGAUCGCCUCGUCGCUCACCAAGGAGCUGUGUGCCCUGGUGUUUGGGGUCAACACUUUCCUGGCGACCAUUCUGAAGACCAUCAUCACCCUCAUCGUCUCUGACAAGAAGGGUCUGGGACUAGACGUGCACUCCCAGUUCCUGGUCUACUUCUUCUACUUUGCCCUGCUGACGGUUAUCUACCUGGGCUGUGCUGCCUGGGUCAUCAUUCGCCACUACAGGAACCAAUCGUCAGGAGGGGGAGGGGACACACGCCAGGCCACGCCCACUGAGCUAUGUUCCGUACCAUCAAACCCCUCGGAGACGGAACCUCUGGCCAAUGGGAACAACGUGAAGGCCUGAAAGGGAUAUUCCUGGAUGUUGGCAAUGAAGCCUUUUAUCUACUUCCCCAGAGUCAGAUUAACUCAUGGAGACUAUUUUUAUGUAUCUGCAUGCAGUUUGAAGGAAUUUGCUAACUAGCGUUAGCCAAAUUGCUAACUGCCGUUAGGGUAAUGACUGGAAGUCUAUCGGAACAGCUAGCAUGCAAGUUGUUCCUGUAGACUUCCAGUCAUUGCGCUAGCUAACGCUAGUUGGCAUUGGCUCGCGAAACUACCUCUAACUUCCUUCAUACUGGAUGCAGAGACAUACAAAUGGUAUCCAUGAAUUCAUGUGACUGUGGGGAGGUAGAUAAAGGGCCUCAUUGCCAACAUCCUCAACUAUCCCUUGAACAUAUUAUCAUCUUUACAUCAACACCUAAACCCCCUACACUGACAUUGAGUGGUCUAAAUGGUCUGGGAAUCUCUCGCUACGGUUUCCACACGACUGCACAAGGACAGAUGAGACUUAGAGGUGAGUCGAGACCUCAUGACACUUGGUUGGAUGUGUUGGUGGAGUGUAGUUUACCAGUAUUAGUGAACAGUCACUGUUCUCAGCCCUUAGUGCCUUAUCUGUUAUAUCCAGCGUGUAUUCAGUUCACCAAAAGGAUGUUAUUAUGGAAUACAUCUUUUUUCCUCAAUGUUUAAAGAAUUACAGGCAGCCCACCUACAUUACUACAAGAUAAAAAAGCUCACUCGAUCAAGCCUAAUGGUCUUGUAAGCAGCGGUGGAAAAAGUACCCAAUUGUCAUACUUGCUUAAAAGUAAAGAUACCUUCAUAGAAAUUGACUCAAGUAAAAGUAUUUGGUUUUAAAUAAACUUAAGUAUUAAAAAGUAAGAGUAUAAAUUAUUUCAAAUUACUUAUUAUGCAAACCAGAUGUCACAAUUACAUUUUUUAUGAAUCAGUAGCCAGGGGGACACUCCAACACUGAGACAUAAUUUACAAAUUAAGCACUUGUGUUUAGUGAGUCCACCGGAUCAGAGGCAGUAAGGAUGACCAGUGUUGUUAUCUUGAUAAGUGUGUGAAUUGGACCAUUUUUCUGUCCUGCUAAGCAUUCAAAAUGACACGAGUACUUUUGGGUGUCAGGGAAAAUGUAUAGAGUAAAAAGUACAUUAUUUUCUUUAGGAAUGUAGUGAUGUAAAAGUUGUCAAAAAUAUAAAUAGUAAAGUAUAGAUACUUCUUAAGUAGUACGUAAGUAUUAUUAAUUACUUUACACCACUGCUUGUAAGUAGCAAUACAUGACCUCGAAUGUGGUACAAAUCACAUUGUGGGAGCACCUCUUAGAGAAGGAAUUAGGCUGUUUGAGAAGGUUUGCAUCCUAAGCAACCUGCCUCAACAUUGUUUUGAAGUACAAUAGAUCAGCAUAUAGCUACUGUCGUAGGUCAAUUUAAGGAAUUUCCUUUUUUGGCUUUAGACCAAUCCCUACUUCUCACUCAAAACAGUGUUUUGUUUUUAAUAGUCAGAGUUUGGGCCUAGUUGUCAGCCUGAUGUUCUCAGAGACACUGUUGACAUGUAAUAUGUAGUGGCUGCUUUGCUCUUAUCCCAGAAACAUCCCAAAUGGUGUUAUCCACUGGUGAUUAUGUUCAGUUUUCCAAAUACAGGGUAAUCAUAUGUUCCCUGAUAAUGUUGAAGCACAUUUAUUUUCGUAACUCUGAGUGAGAAAAUAAUACAUCUCAAGUAGAGGGGACCAAUACGAAAUGAUCUACAGAAACAGUCUAAUUCUACUGGACUACUUCUUCUACUGAUGGAACAAUAGCCUGUUAUAUUCAGCAAAUGAUUCACUGUUUGCGAUCAUUAGGAAUUCUCGACAAUUGCUGCAAUUGUAUUGAUUAGCGAAAACAGUAUUUUUGAAUCUGUGUAUAUAUUGUUAGCUGUAUAGAAGUCCUCCAGUGAGAGAGGUGGAUCAUGAUUACUAUGUCAUCACAUUAGCAUUGCUUUAGAUUAAGCAGACACGUGACAGGAUGCAUUUUUGGGCCUCUGAAUGUUCCUGAAGAUUUUUCUUUGAAAAGUGUGAAAAGAUUUUCUAAAUGAAGCCCUUUGUGUGCAUGUUCACUACACUCCCAUUGUCUUAGGUUUAAUCAGCGAUUGCUUGUGAACAAAUCAGAUGCCACUUGUUUUAGCGCCUUCAAACUAAUCAUAUCAGUGCACUGUUUUAUUUUUUUAUUUCACCUUUAUUUAACCAAGUAGGCCAGUUGGGAACAAGUUAUGCUUGCUGCCAGUGAGUCAUUCAAUGCACCUUGUGUCAGGAAUUGUUUUAGCUACCAUUUUGUGUAUAGUUUUGCUUACGGGAGGGUGGGGUAAGUUGAGCCAUUUUUUUACGUUCAGCAUCAAUCCGAGACAUAUAGUAUUCUUUCUAACAAAGAUAUCUACAUAUAUUUCAGGAUGUUGUGUAUCCCUGGAAAUAAUCAGAAUUCAUGUAAACGUUACAGUUUUGAAGACAUAGGUUGUCUGGGGAAAAAAGUGCUCUCUUGGCACAACUUACCCCGGGUAUAUGGUAAAUUGAGCCGCGGACUAGGGUAAAUUAAGCCGCAUAGAAAUGUCUCUACUGAAUGAAAUAUUACCAAUAAUGUCUAUCUAUAUUUCCCGAACACAAUUGCUUUGUUUAAGCACCUUUUUAACACAGGCUUAACUCCUAACAAACACUGUAGUUUAUAUAUAUUUUUUAACAUUGGCCAGGCCCUGUUACCGCAUAUCCCAGUGAUAAUCCCUUGCAUUAUGCCUGGGAAGAAAACACUUCAAUUUGCUUAACUUGCCAUUGGCUCAACUUUUACCCCAAGGCAAACAUUUUGAUUAUAUUAGCACACAGAUACAAUAAAGCACUUUCAUGCUGAUGUAUAGAAUAAUCUUAAAAUGAUCUACUUUGCUUUAGAUACAAGCAUCAUGAAACCUUUAUAACAGAAAUUAAUUUGACUUGGUGAAAAUCUUAUUUUAUUUUUUAUAUACAUUUUUUUACUUUUUCCACGUGGUUUCUUCCUUCAGACUCCAUGAAAUGAUGACCUCUUCCUAGAUAUUUGGUCAAAUUAUAACAUUUUGUGUAUAGUUUCCUAGAAACAAGGGUGGCUCAAUUUACCUCUUUUGCUCAACUUACCCCACUCUCCCCUAUUUUUGUUUAAAUGUUUUCAUGCAGAUUUGUCAUUUCUCCCCCAGCAGUGCUAAUCAUAUGUUCAUUGUCAUCUUUUCUAAUAGGAAGCCCACAUGAAUGUGUAAACUGGAGUAUAGUUGUUAUGAACUACUGGAAAUGAGUUCUGAGGAUUUAGCUAUGAGCUGGCAGACCUUUAUUCUGCAUGUUAUUUUCCAGAAUUUUCGAAUGAGCUAUUUUGUAUUGUUUUAAUGCAGGGGUUCUCAAAAGUUGUUUUUUCUUCGUGACCCACCAAUUGAGCUGUCUUUUGAGUCUCGAUCCACCAUAAGGGUUGAGUGGUAAAAAAAACACACAUACCAAAGCAUAAAUACAAAAUAUGAUCUUGGCAGCGGACACAAUAUUUUGCAGUUUCAAAGCUAAUCCCCUGCAAUUCCAUAUCCCGCCAUGGAGCUGAAAUAACAUUUUUGCAAUUUUAAAACCAAUUUCCUGCAAUUCUAUGCAUUUUGCCAUGGAGCUGAGAUUUAGUUUGCUUUUAAGCAAAUUUCAUACAAUUCUAUGCAUUUUGACAUGGCUGGUGUUCUUAUGCACAAACAUAAAUUCUGGGCCUGAUUGUCUAGCUUUUAUUUUGUUGAUUAUAAAUUCUCAAAGAUUAUAGGCUAUUAUUGAAAAAUGUAUAGGUCCAUUCUCUUUUCUGCAUCCCAUCCCAGUUUGGGAACUACUGUUUUAAUGGAACAAUUUAUUUAUCUGUGUGCGUAAGAGUGAAAUUGGGUUUUCUUAAACGUUUGUCACUGAGGAAAUAAAAUGCAAAAUGAAGUUGAAAAUUGAAAAUAUCUUUUAGGCCUAUAUGUUUAUUCUUUGGAAUCUGACAACUCUAGGAACUCGUAUCUGGUGUACCCUUUACAUUCUAAAUGUGUUUAUACCAUACUUAAAGUACGCCCAUAAAUGCAGAUUACACCUACCCAUUUUCUUUUAUUGAAGUUGCCUUUAAUUUAAUUGCUGUGCAUAGGAAGUGGUUUGCUGAAUUCCUGUCCCCUUGAGUAAUCUUAGGACCAUCUUACUACAAAACUGAGAAGUCAUGUCAGAAUAUGGACUAGUAGUUGAGUGCCUAUUAAUUACAUGUAGGGUGGAUAAAAGAUGUGCGUGAACAAUACACGCACGUAACUUGAGAACGCGUGUACAAUGGGUCCGGAACACGAGAUAUGCAACUUGAACUUUGCACUGUUCUCUAAUUGAUUUAAAAGGUCAUAUCUCAAGAAGGUUUCAGGCUAUAGUGAUGAGGUUGUAGAGUAUACAAUGAUUUUUACAUGGUCAUAACAAAUACAAAGGUAUGAGAUUAAUUGCACCUAAUGGUCUAUAUGCCGUGCAGUAUACUAGCCAACGAGUUCAGUAUUGGAUUCACUAUAGGAUAAGAUUUGUAACGUUAACUGUCGGAAUUGUUCAUGUUUAUUAUUGUCACACUGACUUCAAUCAAUGCCGAAUCUACACUUUGGGUGAAUGACUGUGAACCUAUUUUGUUGCUGUAAAAAACAGACUUAUGUCAUUUUAUUUUUGAUUUACAAAUAAAGCAGUUUGGAAAAACAA